CAAUCGAUGGAGGGACACAGUGAAACAGCAGCCAAUGCUUCUGGGGCGGAGGCGUUGCCUUGACUCCCGCUGGUUCCACUCCCCGGCUCCGGGACUAUGGCCGGCAAUGGGCGGCUGGCGCUCCGGACGUUGCCCGGGCCAAACUGGGUGCGAGGCUCGGGCCCGGCCGUGCUGAGCCGCCUGCGGGACGCGGCUGUGGUGCGGCCCAACUUCCUGAGCGCGGCCGAGGAGGAGACGCUGAGCCACGAGCUGGAGUCCGACCUGCGUCGUCGCCGCUACGAAUACGACCACUGGGACGCGGCCAUCCACGGCUUCCGAGAGACAGAAAAGUCGCGCUGGUCUGAGGCCAGCCGGGCCAUCCUGCAGCGCGUGAAGGCUGUUGCCUUUGGCCCUGGCCAGACCCUGCUGUCCUCAGUGCAUGUGCUAGACCUGGAACCUCGGGGCUACAUCAAGCCACACGUGGACAGCAUCAAGUUCUGUGGAGCCACCAUCGCCGGCCUGUCCCUGCUGUCCCCCAGCGUCAUGCGCCUAGUGCACACCCAGGAGCCAGGAGAGUGGCUGGAACUCUUGCUGGAGCCAGGCUCCUUGUACAUCCUCAGAGACUCAGCCCGUUAUGACUUCUCCCAUGAGAUCCUUCGAGACGAAGAGUCCUUUUUUGGGGAGCAUCGGGUGCCCCGGGGCCGACGCAUCUCCGUGAUCUGCCGCUCCCUCCCUGAGGGGAUGGGUCCAGGGGAUCCUGGGCAGCCACCCGCAGCCUGCUGACCCCCAGCUUCUCAGAGACACUGUGUUUGUGAAUAAAGUUGGAGAAUGGACAAGCUG